AUGUCGUCCGCACCUUCAGCCCGUACGGCAUUCAACCUCAAAGUGCUGCGUCGUCACGAUCCAUCUAUCGUCACCAUUCUCGAAACUGCCUCCUUCGUCGUGCUUUACAACUACAACGAUGGCGAAUGGACAAAGACGGGUGUUGAAGGACCGCUCUUCCUCUUCCGACGUCGCCUACCACCAUACAACGGAUUCUUCCUGAUGAACCGAAAUGGCGUCGAGAACUUCUCGGCAGAUGUAACUCCCGAAGACGAUCUGGAGAUCACGCCGGAAUUCAUCAUUUACCGACCCGAGACGAGCAACGAGGUGUACGGGAUCUGGGUGUUCGAAGCGAAUCAAAGGAUGGCGGUGGGAGACAAAAUGCUGAAGUUGCAGAACAUGAUGGAGAGGCCGAGUGAGGAGGACGUCAAUUUGGCUGAAAAUUUGGAGAGUGUGGCGACAGGUGCACCUGCUGCGGUGGAGGGUAAGCAGACGGCGGGGGUGGCUGCGACAGCGACAGGGCAGAAGAGUGGGAAGGACUCGGAGGGGAAAGCUGGCAAAGCGAAGGCGAAUGGCAGGCCAAAGAGGGGCGCCAAGCAGGCAGUCGACAGGAGCAAUGAUGAGGCGACAAGCGCGAGGGCAACUCCGGUGCCGGCGAAUGAUGCAUCAACAGAUAGCGAGGUGGGUCGACAGAUCAAUCUGGAUGAUCUGUUUGGCGCACCUGCCGCACCAUCGCAGAGCGGCGCUCAAGUCGCAGAGGAACCAUCAAAUCCGGCGCAAGAAGCGGUCUCGAAGGAGCCAAAGUCGAACGGUGCGUCCUUGCUCGACUCGCUCUUCCAAAAGGCUUCGCUCGACGCCGUCCCCGCACCUUCUUCAACCACAACCACCGCUGAAACCACUCCAGCAGCUGCUCAGUCAACCCAACCCAACCACUCUCAAAACCUCCUAGCUCUACUGGGCGCGACCAACACCCCGCAACCAUCCACUCCACCCGUCAACCCCACCUCAACACAAGCUUCGACCGAACAAACCUCGUCCGAAUGCAAGACUGCACCCAAGAUGUCCGAGCUGAUCGAACAGGGCAUCCGCGACCGCAUCGGUCUGGGCGACGACAACCAACCGCUGUCGAGACGCGAAUUCGUCACGGAACUGCUCAGCUUGGUUCACACCAACCCGGAGUUCGUCAAGGAGCUGUACGAUGGGUAUCUGUCGCGCGUUGCGUAG